AUGCGGCUCUGCAACCGCUGCCGCGAUCACCCGCGCGACGGGUGGCGUGCUCCGUCGCCGCGCGAGCUAGCGAGCGCUCACUUGGGUUUGUACCCGGACGAGAGCAAGUGGGGCACCCGCGCAGCCCUUGCAGCAGCGCACGGCGAGCUGACGGACGAGAACGAGCUGGUGGACGACGACGAGGUCGUGGACGAAGACGAGCUGGUGGACGAAGACGUGCUGCCGGACGAAGACCAGGGCGACGAUGAGCUGCAGUGGAUCGAUGACAAGCUGCAGGAUGAUGACGAGCAGACGGACGACGACGUGCUGCCGGACGAGAACGAGCUGUCGGACGAGCUGCCGGACGAAGACAACGUUCUGCCGGACGAGGACGAGGUGCCGGGCGAUGCCGAGCUGACGGACGAGAACGAGCUGCCGGACGUGAACGAGCUGACGAACGAGAACGAGCUCCAGAACGACGAGAGCGAGUCGCAGGACGACAACGCGCUGCCCUGGUUGUACUGA